GGGGGGGGGGGGGGGUGUUGGAAGGGAGAUCCGAUGUGGCCCAUUUCGAUUGCAAUUGCAUCUCAAUUUUCAUGUCUUCGGUGCCUCUCUUCUGAUCCAAAAUCCCAUACAUGUUCUUCUUCUUCUUCUUCUCUUUCACUAGGGCGUCCUUUCUCUCUCUAUCUCUCCACAGCUCGCCUUCUCUCUCCAAGGGCCUUUGAGCCGCGUCCUUCAAUUCACGGCAAUGGCGAAGAGUAGGACUCUUAAGACAAGGAAGAGUAGGGAGAACGCACGAGAGAUUGAUCACAUACCCAAGUUUUGGCAGCGACCUAGAAGCCCAGGCGGAGCCAGACGCCGCACGGACUUCUCCAUCUUCUUCUCUUCUUAUUCUCUCUUCAACGGUCCUCUUGGUUUAUUGCUGGAGUCCUCAAGUAGCAAAGAUAAACCAACUAUUGAUUCUAUCAUUGAAUUGGAACAAGUGAGGGACAAGAGAAAAGAAAUUCUCGAGCUCCCUGAGGUCGGGUGCAACAAUUUCCUGGAUAAACGAGGUCAAAUUUUCUCAAAUGUUAUUGAAGUUCCAGUUGUAGAGGCUGAAUCAGCCACCCAAAAUGCUGUUCUUGAAGCCUGGAGCAGCAGGGAUGCCAAUAAACAGGAAAGUGAUAUAGUCAGCAAACUUGAAUACAGCCCUGAAAAAUCACAAAUUACUAACAGCAGCAAUAUCUGCACAACUCCAGGAAGCACAGAGUGGGAUAAAACAGCUUACCAACUUUGGUGGCCUACAGAAGCAUUACAUAAAAGUGAAAGCCAAAGUUUGGGCAAACAGUGUGUUGGAUCUUCAGAUGAUCCUAAUUGUUCAAAUAGACGAGAUGAAUCACCUGAGAAGUGGAACUCAUCAAGUUCAAGUAGAUCAGAAAGCGAUUGCCUGGAAAGGAGAAGAGGCAAGAGACAAAGGAAACCGAAAGUUCACUUUGAUGAGGUGAAUUUUCAUUUAAAGUCGGUCAGAAGGGUUCGUCGAUUCAGGAUAAUGCGGUUUCUUGGCCUUGCAGCUCCAAUUGGGUCUCCUUUUUCUCUCACACACAUCUAACCACUACUUGGAGCUAGUAUAGAUUUUUAUUUUUUUCACAAUUUUUUUCCAUAUAUUUACUUACAUAAAAGCAUUAGUAUGCUUCUUCUUGUCUGUGCUAUUGAGGAGAUUGAUAGCAUCUCUCUAUUGUAAAAUUAUUAUUUUAAGCUAAUAUGACUAGGAUUUUGACUCUUUAUCUCCCUUUUU